AUGUGCCGAUUCAUGUCCGACUCUCCAGGCGCGGCCAGCACGCAGGGCCGAGUCAUCCUCCCUGAUGAUGUUGUGCCCAAGCACUACGACGUGACCCUUGAGGUCGAUUUUGACAAGUUCACGUUCGAAGGCACAGUGAUCAUUGCCCUGGACGUUGCAAGAGACACCUCCUCGAUCGCACUGAACACGUUGGAGCUGGACAUUCACACCACUACCAUACACGCCGACGGCGCUCUUGUCACAUCAUCUCCCACCCUUUCCUACGAUGCGGAAACGCAGACGACGACCAUUCAGCUUGGCAAGUCGAUCACAAAGGGUCAGAAGGUUCAACUCAAGCAGACAUAUACCGGGCAACUGAAUGAUAAAAUGGCGGGUUUCUACCGGUCCAAGAGAAGGGACGGGCAGUAUCUUGCCGUCACGCAGUUCGAGGCAACUGAUGCCCGAAGAGCAUUGCCCUGCUUCGACGAGCCUGCCCUGAAAGCCGAGUUUACGGUGACUCUGAUCGCCGACGAAGACAAGACGUGCCUGUCAAACAUGGACGUGGCUUCUACGGAAAUUGUGGAUUCCAAGAUCACCGGGGGGAAGAGGAAGGCGGUCAAAUUCAACCGUUCCCCGCGCAUGUCUACCUACCUACUCGCGUUUAUCAUUGCCGAACUCAAGUCCAUCUCAACCGACAAGUUUAGGUUGCCCAUCAAAGUAUGGAUGACUCCCGAACAAAACGACGAUGACGGUAAAUUCGCCCUUGAUGUCGCAGCGAAAACUCUGGCGUUCUAUGAAAAGGCAUUCCAGGCACCAUAUCCUUUGCCCAAAAUGGACAUGGUUGCCAUUCCGGAUUUUGCGGCCGGCGCCAUGGAAAAUUGGGGUCUUGUCACGUACCGUGUGGUGGAUCUCCUCUUUGACCAGAAGUCUGCUGGGGCUGCUACGAAAGAACGUGUGGCGGAAGUGGUGCAGCAUGAACUGGCUCACCAAUGGUUCGGCAACCUGGUUACCAUGGAUUUCUGGGAUGGACUCUGGCUCAACGAAGGCUUUGCCACCUGGAUGAGCUGGUACAGCUGCAAUGAGUUCUAUCCGGAGUGGAAAGUGUGGCAGACCUUUGUCAUAGACACCCUACAGGGAGCCCUAGGGUUGGAUGGCCUACGGAGCUCUCACCCUAUCGAGGUUCCUGUCCACCGUGCGGAAGAUAUCAACCAAAUAUUCGACGCCAUCUCCUAUUCGAAAGGCUCCGCAGUCUUGAGGAUGAUAUCCAAGUAUCUGGGGGAAGAUGUCUUCAUUGAAGGGAUCAGGAAAUACAUCAAGAAGCACGCCUGGGGCAAUACAAAGACAAGCGAUCUCUGGGAUGCACUUGGAGACGCCAGCGGCAAGGAUGUCGCACACGUGAUGGAUAUCUGGACCAAGUACAUUGGGUAUCCGGUGGUGACGGUGACUGAAAAUGAAAAGGAUUCGACCAUCACCGUCAAACAGAACCGGUUCUUGCGGACAGGUGACGUUAAACCUGACGAGGAUCAGGUCCUCUACCCUGUGAUGCUUGGUAUCAGGACCAAAGAAGGCGUCGACGAGAAUCUCAUGCUUACUGAAAGGGAGCAAACGUUCAAGAUCAAGGGUGGUCUGGAAUUCUACAAGUUGAAUACAGACCAUUCCGCGUUCUACAGGACCAGCUACACCCCGGAUCGCUUGAUGAAGCUUGGGGAAGCAGCACAAAAGGGGCUCCUUUCUGUUGAAGACCGAGCCGGUAUGAUUGCCGAUGCUGGCGCUUUGGCAGCGAGCGGUUACGGCAAAACAUCGGGCAUUCUCAGCCUGCUACAGGCAUUCAAUACCGAGUCCGACUUUGUGGUCUGGAAUGAAAUCCUAACGCGGAUCAAUGCCGUCCGAAAUACAUGGCUCUUCGAAGACGAAUCGAUCAAGGAUGCCCUCAAGGCGUUCCAGUUGAAUCUAUGCUCGGCAAAGGCGCAUGAACUUGGUUGGGAAUUCUCCGACGAUGAAGACCACAUUCUCGGCCAGUUCAAGAGUUUGAUGUUCGGAUCCGCGGGACUUGCGGGAGAUCAGAAGGUACAAGCGGCAGCCAAGGAAAUGUUCGCCAAGUUCUUGAAGGGCGAUUAUAAUGCUAUCCAUCCGAAUCUACGGGCCUCAGUUUUGGCCAUGGCCCUGCGCGAUGGGGGAGUCAAAGAAUGGGAGGCUGUUCUGGCGCGGUAUCACUCUGCGCCUACGGCAGAUGAGAAGAACACAUGUUUGCGCAGCUUAGGUCGCGCCAGAAGCCCGGAGUUGAUCAAGAAAACAUUGGAUCUUGCUCUUGGGGGAGAGGUCAAGAUGCAGGACAUUUACAUGCCAAUCGGCGGGCUUGGGACGACGUCGGAGGGGGUUGAGAAACGGUGGGAAUGGAUGUGUAAGAAUUGGGAGACGCUGGUGGAGAAGCUGCCACCUAGCAUGUCGAUGCUGAGCAGCGUGGUCAGCAUCUGCGUGGCGGGAUUCACCAAGGAAGAGCAACUGGGCAAGAUCGACGAGUUUUUCCGCGACAAGGACACGAAGGGCUUUGACCGGAGUCUGCAACAGAGUUUUGACAGUAUCAGGGCCAAGUCGAAUUGGUUGAAGCGGGACGGGGACGAUGUGUUGGGAUGGCUCAAGGAGAAAGGGUAUCUGGAAAAGGGGCGAUUGUAA